AUGUUAAUUGCCAAACCAUUUAUUGGAAUAGUUCAAAAUAAUACCGCAUUUGGUAAUGAAUAUCCUGUGACAAGCACGAACACUGAUUCAUUCACAAGCAAUAUUCUCCCUUCAGAUUCAAUCAAGAUAUCUUUCAAUCCGAAUGGUAAAUCAACAGGUAGUUAUGUUUUCAAAUCAGAUAAGAGAAAAUAUUCAGAUUAUCAACUUCCAACACUUCAACAGCAGCCACUCUCAUUACUUGGUAUGUUUAUUCUAAAUGGGACGAACGUAAAGCUUGGUGCCAAUUAUUUGGAUCGCCAAGUUGACAUUGUUUAUGAGAAGAAGACAAUGGAAAGAAACUUUGAUCCAUAUUCGUAUAGAUUCUUCUCUGUUGAUGAUGAAAAUCAAGAAUUUAAGUUAUUGAAUUGUGAAGAUGUUCCCUCUCAAGAUGAAUGGAAAUAUUCGAUUGAUUUGAGCAAACAACAAAAUAGACAAGUUAAAUUUGCAGUAUUUGGAUUUAAUAAUAUAAUUGGUGAAAUGAAUCGUGAAUAUUCUAUUCAUUACAAUAGAAUGCUAAAGUUUGCUCUCUCUGAUUUGAAUAGUGGACUGGAAAUUUCAUUUUCAUCUGAAUUAUUUCCACAAAUCAAUAAUGGAGUGAAAUUCAUUUUGAAAGAGAAACAAGAUGCAACUCAAUUUAAUAAUUUCAUGAAUGUGAUGAGAUUUACAAUUGUUCAAACAGUUAGAUCAGAUAUAUUGAGUGAAAGAAAAUUCCAAUACAAUAACAAAUUGAGUGAUAUGGAAGGAAAUAAGAUUUCAAAUUUAACAAGAUUACAAUGUGUUUACAUUACCAACUCAGGAAUAAUUUAUGGAACAAGUUUAGUUACCAUUGAAUCAAAUAAUCAAUAUACUUUACAUGUAAUGAAAUAA